AUGGCCAUGGCAAUUACUCGAAAAAGCAGAAACUCCAGAACUAAUAACUUUACCUCGAUUUUGAACCUGUUCCUAGAAAAAUAUAACUUGUCCGCCGAAUCCAACCCAUCUCAAUUACGUGACUAUGCUAGUGAACUCGGUGCUAUGCUUCCAGAUUGGAAAGCCCGCAAAAGCUUAUCUAGAAUGUCAACUCACGCUUUAAAGAAAUUAGUAAAAAAAUUUGCUAAGAAGUCCUCUUCUACAGAUGACCCUAUAGAAAACCUUAAUGAAGAUUCUAAAAAAAUUAUCCAUCAAUGGGCAAAAAUGGUACGAGCAAAAUACAAGAAUGAUAAUAAUUACGAUGACGAUGAUUUAUAUUAUGAGGACCCAUUGCUUUUAAUUGAAUGGAACGAUGCAGGUUUAAAUAGCAGAAGACUUGCUGAUCCUCGACACACAAAAAUGGCUUUAGUUAAUUUGAUUCGAGGGCAACCAGGUUAUUUACAAUUCCCUCCGACAGGCAUUCCAUCAGAAUGUUCGUUUUCCUUCGUAAAUACUCCAGCACUCCCAUCAAAUCAAGCAUUAGUCAACACGAUUGGAGUGCUCGUCAUCAACAAUUGGUCUAGGCAUGCCCCUGGAAUUCCGGAUGUUGGCCGGGUUUAUGAAAUCUAUGCCCCUAGAAAAGGGCAAUUUCAUAUUACUGAACAUCAAUAUGUGUUCAAUCUUUGA